GGAGAAAAUAAUGUAUGGUUUAAAAACACUAGUAAGACCAACAACCUGUCUAACAAGAGGCUUCCGUCGGCAUAUCACCCAAAUAUCUGAUGACACCAUAACCGAUAUGCUUGUUUCCAAAACUCUAACUUCCAAUAAAACUAACGAUGACUAUAUCCGAUGCACUAUAUUCGAUCAACAAGGCAACAUAAGGAUCCAAGGUAAAGAUAUAAAGCGUCUGGAGUUUCUCAAGAGCAAUAACUUGGUGGCCAGAGACUUGAGGAAGAUUUCAAAAACUAAUACUCCCAACUCGGCCAGUUAUAUUAAUCUUGAAGUUGUUCCAUCCAUAGUAACGAGAUCAAGUGGAAUUCUUUUAAACCUACUCAAUAUUAGGGCCAUGAUCAAACCAGAUAUGGUAGUACUAUUCGAUAACCCCACACUGACGGCUGAAGGACCAGCUGGAGCGGGACUAAACGAGUCAUACACUCAUGGUACUUUACUCGAGAAUAUGCGCAAAGGGUUGGGAAACCAAGCGGAAUCCAGUCAGUUGCCGUAUGAAUUCAGAGCCCUUGAGACCAUUUUGAAUCACGUGGUGGAGGAGUUGAGCCUGGAAAUGAAACUCCACACCACCAGUUUAAAGAAUUUGUUGGAUGGCCUAGAAGACUCAAUAGACAGUCAUCGACUCCGUUACUUGUUGAUCCAGUCCAAGAAAAUGACCCAGUUUCUCAGGAAAGCCACUUUGGUGAGAGACUCGUUGGACGAAGUUCUUGAUAAUGACGACGUAUUAAAUUCCUUGUAUUUGAACGAAAAACGGUUCAAUUCGAAUCACGAAGAAGUAGAGCUUUUGUUGGAAGCCUAUUAUGUGACGAUGGAUGAAAUCGUUCAAAAGGUUCAAAACUUGAUCGCUCAAACCAAGUCUACAAAUGAAAUUGUUAAUAUCAUUUUGGACUCCAAUAGAAAUGAAAUCAUGCUUCUUGGUUUAAAAUUCGGGGUGGGGAUGUUAUCUAUGGCGGUAGCUUUGUAUGCUGCUGCCGUGUACGGUAUGAAUUUAGAGAAUUUCAUCGAGGAAACGGACUUUGGGUUUCCCGUUGUUAUAGCGGGAAGUUUCUUGCUUUUGUUCAUAUACCUUCGGGUUAGUGUUCAUGGUCUUAGAAAGAUUCUGAAAGUGACGAUGACGGGAAAUUUCAAGAAUGAUAAGAUGUAUAAAUAGUUGAAAGUGCUUGUAUAUAUUUUUAAUGUGCUUAUGAACUCUUUUAUUAAUCUUCGGCAAAUUCAACAUCUAUAGCUGGAGGCAAAAAUGUUCCACUCACACUUCUGUCCCUAUGUUCGUGCAGCUCUCGGGAGAGAUGUCUUGGGGACGCACUGGGCGAAGGUGCCGGUGUAACCUUGGUAUGGAAUGGUCUCAAAGAAAAACUGUCUGAAGCAGAUAGAGCUUUGGGGCUCAUUAUUCCAAUAGUGGGAAUGGGUGGUUUGCGUGGACUCAAAGGAAUGGAAACUUUCUUUUGGAGACCCAAGUUGUUCCUUUCCUGUUGUUUCCUUUCAAUGUAAUUCUUUUCGUUACUGACCAAGUUGUUAAACAAAUCGCAUCUAAGUUCAAGGUCCAACAACCCUUCAAGGAUUGAAUUAUACACUUGAAGGGGAGGCUUGAGACCACCGGCUGACCUGAUGGGUGAAGGCCUGAAGAUUAAGUGCAUAAAAGGAACAGCUCCAAUAGCGUCCAUAGAGUUCAAUUUGUGAACAGCCUCCUUGACCUCAGAUUCUUUAGU